UGAAACGCCUCUACGUGAAAAAAAAUUAUUCUAGUUUACAGUAGACAGCUGUCAGAUUUGCGCGUUUAACACAAUUGUAUAUUUUGGCACUUUCUGCUACCUUCUUGCAAUACGUUUUAAAACAACUAUGAAAGGAUAUUAAGGAAAAAGAGAGAACUUAUAGAUUCUCUCUCUAAAAAUAACAUUCAAAACAAAUAUUUUUUUCCUUUACAAUUUAACAAUAAAAAAUUGAUUUAUCUAGCUGAACAAAAAAAUAAUUAAUUAAAACUAUGACCUCUAGUCUAGGGUUUUAUUUAAAACCAAAAGUUUUGGAAUCAAACAGUUUUGAAGACGACGAUCUAUUUGGUAAUGAGGAGGACGAUGAAGAUUUUGAUAAUCAAGGAUAUCUACAGGAUGUGCCUUAUACUUCAAGUAGUGUGGAUAGAAGCUCAAUUGGGUCUAUUCCCUGGGCAGAUGAUGCUAUCAAAAUAAACAAAAUGGAAUGGGAAAGAGUUGAAAAGAUGUUAAGUGCUAUAGAACCAUUAACAACAGCAGAAGAUGAUUUGAAAAAGGAAAUUUUGGACUGGCAAAAGAAAUUUCCUAAAUUACUUAACAAAAGCAAAUAUAAAAUGAAAAAUUUAAGUUCUGACUCGUUGGAUAUAGAAUCAUUGCCUAGUCUCGACUUGUCGUCUGAUGAAGAGGACGAAGAUAAAAUAACAUUAACCAGAGAUCGCAUAGCAGAUGUAUCAAUAACUCCCACACCGUCCAUACGCAAAUCAUCAGAAGAAGAUAACAAUUUGUGUCAACUAAUGGACAAUUUUACAUUAAAUUCGGCGCCUUUGAAACUAAACCAACGUGAAACAAAUAGAACACUAAUUAAUAAAAGAAAGUGUGCUAGUUCGACUUCCUCUUAUUCAUUACGUUCUCCACCUACGCCUAUACAACAAGUUCCUUUAGCCACUACUGCAACUAAUCGUUUUCGAAUGCCUCCUAUAUUAAAUGUAUUGGACUCUAGAAGGAAAUUUCGAAGUUUGAGCCAAAAUAAAAAUCCCAGUUUUGUACAAUUGACACAAAUACAACAGGCUAAAUCGGCCGCUGUGGCACAAGAACAAAAAUCCCGAUCCCGUUAUCAUACAGGUCAUAGGUCAGCUUGGCAUGUUCCCUUGGCCGCUAAUCGGUUUUUUAAUAACCGAAACUCAAUUAUAUUACCAUCCAUAUCAUCUAGACAGCAAGUUAUUCAGCAAUACAGCACACAACCUACAACUACAUCAACGACCAGUGAAAUGGGCAACUCAAACACAACGCCCUCAUCUAGUGGACCAAGGUCAAACUUAUUGAGAUCAAACAACAAUAGCUUUACUCGUAAUUUAUCGACCAAACAUCAGUUAGUCUUAGGAGGCUUUACAACGAAUGCCUCUACACAAACUAAUAGUUCGAAUACAACAACAUCAGGGAGAUCAAUAUCGGCUGCAGUACAGUAUCCCAGAGUUACUACUUUUAAUGCUUUAUACUUACCGUAUAGUGCCUCGAAAUUUCACGCUUUCAAAUAAGAUACUUUUCUACAAUAUACUAAUUAAACUUUUUAACAAAGAAUAAACAAUUAUUUUUAUAUAUAAACGAUAAAAACAA